AUGGCAUCAACUCAUCCAAUCCACAUUCAUCCCGCGCGGCCUUUGUACCGCUUUACUGCUACGGCAUUGGGGGCCAGCAUGUGGUUCUUCUUAAUGUACCGAGCCAAAAAAGAUGGUGCCGCUCUGUUGGGCUGGAAGCACCCCUGGGAUCAUUGA